GGUAAAAUGUUGCCGCUUCCUUGGUGGAUGUUGGGUGUUGGCCCCGAAGAAGAAGCUGAUGAAAGUUCAGAUUACGACAUGGUCGACGGUCACAGUAUUGAAGUUCAAGAAUCAGUCCCAACGACCCCAGUGUCGGUGUUUCAUACGCCUUCACAAUCGUCUAUCAUUGAUAUUUCCGAUCAGCUUGUUGAUCUUCCGACGUUCCUGAAAGUUGCAAAAAGACGCUCGUCCACUGUUCUUGAAACCGCAACUCCAGCAAAAACGCCAAAAAUUCAAUUAUCUGAAAGACGAAGAAAAUUUCAGAGAAAUGACACUGAAGUGAUGAUCAAAACAGGAGAACCAGUGGUAGAUUGUGACGAGACAUUGGGACUCAAUUGGCUUUUCGACACUGACUAUCCUCGCGAUGCAGGUUCUGGAGAUCUACUUAACUCAACAUUCCGUAUUGACCAUCGUAACCAUGGAGAAGGAACAUCACAAAUAACAGAGUCGCCGAAAAAUAGAGAUUUCCCACUGUUUUUCUCUUCUUUUGAUGACACUACCGUACUCUUCAAUACAACUAUUGCCGGAGACAUUGAUGUAAAUGAGAGAAAUCAAGCUUCCGGUGAUUGGAUUUUCAGAAAAGAUAAGUCUCCCACAAAUGAUCCGAUUGAAAAUGACCAAGAGACAGAUGAAAAGACCAAAUCUGAGCUUGGAGAUGGUGGCGAAAUUGUUUUCAAAGAGCCGGUACAAAGUACAAAGAAAACACGCGGAAGAAAACGAGGAACAUCAGUUCGCAUCGAGAAACUAUCGACCUCUCGUCGUACUUCUGCCAAAAAGAAAGAGGAAAAGCAAAAGGAGACGGAGACAUUCGAUGCAGAUAAGAAUGAAAAUCCAUCCACACCAACUGCACCACCAACAAUGACGAGAAGACACACGCCAUCAAGAAAAGCAAAGACAAAUAGAACAUUCAGACUUUAGAUUUGUUCUGUAAAAUUGUUAAUCCUCUGUUAGUUUUUCUUCAACGUUGUAGUUGUUUCUGUUAAAUUUGACUGUCUAUUUAAAGUUUUUUGUUGUUGUUCUUUUUUGCAUAAAAUGCUUAGUAUUA